CGACUAAAUAAGGCAAGGGCGGAACAAGUAUUUCGGUGAAAAGUGUUUGGGGGGGGUGGCAGAGAACGACACGAAGGAGGCAUUGAACUGAUUCUCAUUGUUGAGUUUUUUCAAGUAUUAUUUAAAAGAAAUAAACGGAAUAAAGAUGUCAUAUGAAACAAAGUACAUAUUUGCUACACUACCCAGGACACAGAGAGGACAACCUCUUGUACUAGGAGGGGAUACGAAAGGGAAGAAUUUUUUAUACACUAAUGGAAAUAGCGUCAUUAUUAGAAACAUCGAUAAUCCAGCUAUCGCAGACAUUUAUACGGAACAUUCUUGUCCGGUUAACGUCGCUAAAUAUUCUCCGAGUGGAUUUUAUAUAGCUUCGGGUGAUCAAUCGGGUAAAGUACGUAUUUGGGACACCGUUAACAAAGAACAUAUUUUGAAGAAUGAAUUCCAUCCUAUCGGAGGACCUAUUAAAGAUAUAGCAUGGUCACCCGAUAAUCAGCGUAUGGUAGUAGUCGGGGAGGGAAGAGAAAGAUUUGGUCAUGUAUUCAUGGCGGAAACCGGUACAUCUGUAGGUGAAAUUUCUGGUCAGAGUAAGCCGAUUAAUUCGUGCGACUUCAGACCGGCAAGACCGUUUAGACUAAUCACCGGGAGCGAAGACAAUACCAUUGCUAUUUUCGAAGGCCCGCCAUUUAAGUUCAAAAUGACGAAGCAGGACCAUACCAGAUUCGUGCAGGCCGUGCGUUACUCUCCCAGCGGCAAUCUGUUCGCAUCCGCAGGAUUUGACGGGAAAGUGUUCAUUUAUGAUGGUACAACCUCCGAUUUAGUUGGAGAAGUAGGAUCACCCGCCCAUCAAGGCGGAGUAUAUGGAAUAGCUUGGAAACCCGAUGGAACACAAUUAUUAACUGCCUCCGGUGAUAAAACAUGUAAACUAUGGGAUGUAGAAACUCGCUCGUUGGUUAGCGAGUUCAAUAUGGGUUCAACAGUCGAUGAUCAACAGGUCAGUUGUUUAUGGCAAGGAAAUCAUUUGCUGUCCGUAUCUCUAAGUGGAUUCAUUAAUUAUCUGGAUGUUGACAAUCCCGAGAAACCGAUUAGAAUAAUAAAGGGUCAUAAUAAACCGAUAACAGUAUUAACUUUGAGUCCUGACAGAAGUACAAUUUAUACUGGAUCUCAUGAUGGUUAUAUUACCAAUUGGAAUGCACAAACGGGAGAGAACGAUCGUGUUCAGGGCCACGGUCACGGAAACCAAAUUAACGGGAUGAAAGCUGCUAAGAACUUACUUUAUACCGCUGGUAUCGACGACACCUUGAGAACCAUUGAAAUACCUACAAAUGCAUAUGUGGACACGUCUGUAGUUAAACUAGACUCUCAACCGCGAGGUUUAGAUAUUUACAAUGAUAUAGUCGUAAUUGCAACUAUUCGACAGAUCACCGUAACUCAAGAUGGCCGGAAGGUAUCGAGUGUACCUAUCGAUUACGAACCUUCUUGCGUAUCGAUUAAUCAAGAAAAUGGUGAUGUAGCCAUAGGUGCUACAUCAGACAAUACAGUUCGUAUCUAUACACUGUCGGGUACGAACUUGUCUCCGAAAACUGAAUUGGAACAUUUAGGUCCAGUGACGGACGCCUCUUACAGUCCUGAUAGCAAAUACUUGGUAGCUUGCGACGCAAACAGAAAAGUGAUCCUUUAUGUUGUUCCAGAAUAUAAGCUUGCACAUAAUAGGGAAUGGGGCUUCCACAAUGCAAGAGUUAAUUCCGUAGCAUGGUCUCCCAAUUCAGAUAUGGUUGCAAGCGGUAGUCUUGAUACAACGAUUAUUAUCUGGAGCGUAACAAAUCCAGCGAAGCAUACCAUCAUUAAAAAUGCUCAUCCACAAAGUCAAAUAACGCGUUUAGUUUGGAUCGAUGAGGAAACAUUGAUCUCAGUCGGACAGGACUGCAAUACUAAAAUAUGGCGUAUAGAAAAGAUUUAAUUAAUUUUUUGAAAUAUUUAUCUGUUUUUAAUUUUUUUUUUUUAAAGAGCUUAUCUUUGAAUGCAUUUUAUUUAUUUUGUAGUCGAUAGCGAAUGGAUAUUGUAUAUUAUUUUUUAAUACGAUUUUUGACCUUAAUCGGA